CAUCCAAUGCUGUGCUGUCGGCAAGCCAUGACCUUAAGGGUCAGCUGUCCAAUUAUGGGUGAGAUUGAGGCUGAGGAACAACGCCAGCUGGCAGCCGAGGCUACCCGCGUACAGGCUGAAGAGGCAGCAGCAGCAGAGCAGCUGCGGCUACAGGCCGACGCAGAUGCCCAGGCUCGCCGCAAGGAAGCCCAGGAUCUGCUGCAGCGGCAUGAAGCCAACAGCAUCGACAGACUCAAGUUCUGGCACUUUGAACCGAACGGCGACGAGGCAACACCGGAAGAGAAGCACAAGGAGUUCCUCUCCAAACUCGUGACAAGGUUGUUGUACUCUUGCAACUACCAACAGUCAGAGUUGGAGAGACAGUACCAGGACCUGACGCAACAGCAUCAGGAGUUGGCAAAGCUCCGCCGCAUAGUGCAGAGCCACGAGGAUGCAACUCGGGCACUCAAUGCCCGAUUGCUGGACCUGGAACAGGCUGUACCUGGACCAGCUGCUGGGGCUUCCAGCAGUGCAUCCUCUAGCCGCCAACUGGAGGAAUGCGUUGACCACGUAGUGGCAAUGCUCGGCGACAUCAGCACCUUCGCUGCGCGGACCACCAUCAGCAGUCAGCUGCAUAACUUGAAGACCGAGGUCCAGCAGCUGCAGUCGACGAACACGGAGGACAAUCCGAAGAUGUACAAGAUGCCAACUUUCCAACUGAACAAGUUCGACGACUACACGCAACAGGAUCCGGUCCUCUGGUGGGAAGCAUUCACAACGCAACUCAGGAUUCUGCCUGUAGCCAAGCAUGCGUACAUCGGCGCCCUGUUCCUGAACUCAAAGGGCGGAUGCCAGACCUGGUUGAGCCACCUGGCAACCUCUCACGGCAUCGACGUACCAGACUUGAAGGACAAAAUCACAUGGGAGGAACUGACACGGCUGUGGAAGAAGCGAUUCAUCGUCGACGACGCGCCGGCACUCGCCAUCACCCAUCUGUUCACCAUGUCACAAGGCAACACUGCAACACGGGAUUGGCUCACGGAGUGGCAGAAGAUUGCGGCGGUGCCCAAUCUGGAAUUAGAACUCACACAUCUACGCCGCGAGUUCUACAACAGGUCCUGUGCGGCAUUGAGCCAGGCUCUUGGUGAUCGCGAGCAGUACUCCACUUUCGCCGAGAUUAUCGACAAGGCGAGAGAGAUCAUCAAGACCAACAGGUCAGCUGCACACGAGAGGUCAACAUGGCAGCCGGCCUAUGUGGAGAAGGUACAAACUGCUCCGCGACAGCAGCACUUCGCUGCAGUCCAGCCGGAUAGUGGAGAUAACCCAGCAGCCACUCCAGCAUCAAGUAGCGGAGAUAAGGUGGCUGCUGUCCAGCCGCAAAGCAACAACAAGUCCCGCAACAAUGGGAAGGCGAAAUCCGCAUCGCAGGCAGGAAAUGGACAGCCAGUACAAGUUCCAUAGGUCAAGUUUGGCCUGACCGAGGCGAA